UCUCACAAUUAAAAAUAGUACUUAACAUGACGCAAAUUUGUUAACAGGCUGAGCAAACUCUACUGUACUUAUAUAUUGAAGCUAUCCGUAAUAACUGUGGAAGAUCGGGUGAAAUUUCAGGGUCAUAAGGCGGCAAGUUAGAGGGAUCCUGUCUUCAGGGCUGUGUAAUGCAGAAGUUUAACAUCGUGGAGGGUUAUGUACGCCCAGAUUAUACCAACAUAGUUUAUACCAUUGUUGUGAUAAGAUGAAAUGUGAACGUGAAUCGUUUUGUGCUGUUGUUCCCCAUUUUUGUUAUUAAUUUUCGCUGUUCGACGAGGACUUAUUUUUGCCAUUGGUAGAAAAUUGAAUAUGUAUUGUAAUCUACCGAAAGUUGAAGUAUGGGCGUAUUUCGUGCUUUGGAUUUUUGGAAUAUUAUAUUCAAUGUAUAAUGUUUAUUUGUCAGGGAUUUAUUUUGGCAGCAAUAGUCAUAGUCAUGGUGUCUUCACUUCUGGGUGGUCAUUCAUUAACCACAAGAAGGAUGUUUCAGACUUUGAAUGGUCAGUGUGGGCCCCAUUUCUAUAUACCUCAGCUCCAUGGGUGUGUGUCCAUCUCGUGGUUGCAGAGUUUGUUCGAUAUGCUUUCAAGGAGUUGCUGGCAGUGUGGUAUCUGACAAUAUCAAUGUUGUACCUCCUACUACACGUCGGUUUGCCGGCAACUCUCUUUAUGUUAAUGGAGCCUUGUCUUAUGUACUUUCUGCUGCAAUUCCGAAGUCGUGUCCUGAUCUACGUAGCAGGCCUGUUCCUACUUGUUUUUCACAACGUCGAUACCAGAAUGAACUUCUUGUCCAUUUCUUAUGUGUCCCAGUACAUGCUGAUGAUUUCCUCAGCUUGGAUCUACAUGCGCAGCCAGAGCUUCUGUCUCGAUAGGCUGUCGUCCGCCAGUGUGCGCCCUAGUGCGUCUGACUUGAUGAUGAUGCUGGGCUACUGCUUCUAUUUUCCGAUGAUGUUUCUCGGUCCUUUGGUUAUCUGCGAAGAGUUUGAAGCUGGGUUGCAGAAACCGUAUGCUCCCUGGACAAUUCAGCGCGUCAAGACGUUUGCGCUCGGCAUACUCCGUUAUUCUUGGUGGAUGUUGUUUCUUGAGCUUUUUUUGCAUUUCAUCUAUGUCAGCGCUCUGCAGAUGGAAUUGCAGUAUGUGACGAGGCUUGGAGCAUGGGCCCAUUAUGGGAUGGGGUACAGCAUGGGAAUCAUGUUCCAAAUGAAAUAUAUUGUGACGUAUGGACUGAGCUGUACCGUGGCGCGGGCUGAGCAGAUACAGACUCCGAAUCAUCCAAAAUGCAUUGGUCGCAUCCAUCUCUAUUCAGACAUGUGGAGAUACUUUGACCAGGGACUCUAUUUCUUUCUGCGAAAGUAUAUCUAUGUUCCUAUACUUGGUGAGAGUCGUAGCUUCACAGUCAAGUUGCUUGCGUCAUUCGCUUGCUUUGUCUUCAUAUGUGCUUGGCACAGAAUAUAUAUGUUUGUGUUAAUAUGGUCACUACUGAACUAUCUUGGUGUCACCAUUGAAGCAGUUUCCAAAGCCAUUGCUUCAACAACGCAUUAUCAGAAGUACGAGAAUUUCUUGCUGUCGACACCACAGAAUAUCCGGAGGUUCCAUGCCUUCAUAGCCACACCUCUGUUUAUCAUGUCUGCAGUGUCAAACUUUUAUUUCUUUGCUGGGAUGUCAAUUGGGAAUCAGUUUGUGAAGAGGCUCUUGGAAGGAUCAUUGCAACAGAACAGUAUUCUCUUUUUCUUCUGUUACUGCUGCUCCCAAGUGUCAAUUGAGGUGAAGAACUGGGAACUGAGAAAACAGAAAAAAAUUCCAUGACUUUUUUGUAUUAAAAUAUAUAUCACUUGAACUGUAAGAAGUCAUGUAUGAAAAGAAGUGUUGCUUUAGCAGCUGUUCCUCAGGUGUUGUGCCUAUUAUGAAUCUUCAGCACGAAUGUUUGUGCCUUGUCUGUGUAUGCACAUUUUUAUGUUGUUUAUCCUGUUAAUAAAAAAAUUAAUUUUGCAUCUCUUA